AUGGAAUGGAGUUGUCUCCAAUUUCUGUUGAAAUUCAGGGCAUUGUUUUUGUGCCCUGAGAAUUGGGACUUUGUGGAAAGGAUUUUGGUUAUUCCGGUUGUGACUUGUGAAAGGGAGGCCAACAAGGUCAAAGUCAUGGGACUUGUAGGUGCUUGGUUCAUCACGGGCAUAACUGAAAGGUAUUCAAAUUCUGAACGAUAUCAUCAUCGAGCGCUUUGUCGAGUUUUGCUUGCAUGCAAGAAAGAAAUGGAUCCCGGUCGCUAUGGUCUUCAGCAAGGAUGGGAUAAUAACAGCGCUCUGGAGGGGUAUGCUGCAGUCCAUGAGCCAAACUUUCGGGUCGGUGGUUCAUACGAUGAAAGGAGGUUUAUAGAUGAAAGAUACUCAAGGGACGACGUCUAUCCAAGAAAUGCUUUUCACCGCGAUGUUUUGGAUAGGGAUAACUAUCCGCCACCACCUCAUGCUGUUGGUGUAUGGCCACAUUCAAGAAGAAGAAGUUAUGAAGAAGAAAUUCCCGUUGAUAGGGAUAGGAGACAUGAGAAACAAUACAUUGAUUCAUAUCAUGAGAUGGAUAACUUUCAUGAUCAUGAGAUUGAUACAUUUCAGGAAUUUGAUAAAUUUCGAGAUAGCUAUCGCGGUAUUGAUAGCUAUCGUGAUCCUGGAUUUGACAGGAUUGCAAGGCUUGGUGGACGUGAUCGUGAUGAUUAUGCAUAUGAUGAUUUUGACUAUAGGUCCCGUUCUACCCAUCAAAACAGAGAGGAGAGUCGUGAAAGGGAUUAUGACUAUGGCCGACACAGUUAUGAUUCUGAUUAUGACAGAGGUAGUAGGAGAGAUAGCAAUUGGAGGCGUCGUGGAUCCCGUGAAUCUCGUGACCGAGAGCGCGAGAAGAAAUGUUUGAGUAGGGAAAGAGAACAGAGUCCACAUAGAAGGCAUGAGCGUUCUCGCUCCCGGUCCAUUUCUCACGGGCAUGAUGAUCGUCCUAGAUCAAGGUCCCCUAGAGGUCGAAGCCAUGGACGAAGUCAUCGAGAGGACAGCUAUGAUGAUGGACGGCAUGAGAGAACUGAUAGGCGAAGGGACCGUGAUGAGAAACGCCAGAGAGAGCAUUAUUCUGUGGCCCCAUCUGCAACUAUUGUUGUGAAGGGUCUUUCACAGAAGACGACUGAGGAAGAUCUAUACCAGAUCCUUACUGAAUGGGGACCCCUUAGACAUGUCCGUGUGAUCAAAGAACGUAAUUCUGGCAUCUCUCGUGGAUUUGCUUUUAUUGAUUUUCCUUCUGUGGGAGCAGCAUGUGCUAUGAUGGACAAGAUUGGGGAUGAUGGACUUGUGGUGGAUGGCCGAAAGCUUUUUUUUGAGUACAGUAGUAAGCCGACUGGGGGUGCAGGUGGAUCUUUUGGUCAGGAGAAUGCUGUGAAAUCAGGCCAUAAUAACCGUAAAAGCAUCACAGUGCCCUCUGAUUGGAUGUGCAUUAGUUGUGAAUAUGUUAAUUUUGCAAGGCGGACAUCCUGCUUUCAGUGCAAUAAGGCACGAACUGAGGAUGCUCCGGCAGCAGAUAUUUCUUUAUCCAAUCAAAUGACUUCAGCAAAGAAAGGAUCUGAAGCUGGUCCUACUCAUGUUUUGGUUGUUCGCGGACUGGAUGAAAAUGCUGAUGAGGAAAUGCUGCGCUAUGAAUUUUCCAAACAUGCCGCAAUUAAGGAUCUUCGUCUUGUUAGAGACAAAUUUACUCAUGUUUCAAGGGGAUUUGCAUUUGUACAUUUCCAUUCGGUGGGAGAUGCUACAAAAGCUCUUGAAGCAACAAAUGGAACAACACUUGAGAGGAAUGGGCAAAUUUUGAGAGUAGCAUAUGCAAAGAGCAUUCUUGGUCCAGGAUCUUCACAGUCAAGCAGCUUGGCAGCUGCGGCAAUUGAGGCAGCCACCUUUGCGCAACAGUAUGAUUCUGUUGGUUGGGCACCAAAGGAAUAUAAUCCAGAUGACAAUCAAUCCACUGGAGGGGAGCAAAAUGGCGGGGAGAUGGCAGUACAACAAGAUGGUUUGGCUCCACAAUCUGGUUUUGUGUGGGAUGAGGCAUCUGGUUAUUACUAUGAUGCUGCUUCUGGGUUCUACUAUGAUCCAAAUACAGGUCUUUACUAUGAUGGGAACAACGGGAUUUGGUAUUCAUAUGACCAGCAAACUCUGCAAUACAUCCCUUGCACUGAUCAGAAUGAUAACAAAACAUCUGUUAAUCAAUCUGAGCUUUCCAAGGCAUCGGAUGCUUCAAGUAAUAAAAAAGUAGUAAUCUCUGCACCAGCUACAACCUCAACACCAUUUGAGAAAGCUGCAUCAUUACCAGAUGCCAUCCAGGCAGCUGCAGAGAAAAAAGAGAAGGAAAAGGCAAAAGAGAUCAAAUUGGCUUCAAAGAGCAGUAUUUUGGCUAACAAGAAGAAAAUGAGUAAUGUGUUGACGAUGUGGAAGCAGAGGAGUCACGAAGGGCAAGCAACCCGUGUAGCUCUGGAUGAGAAUCAGCCAAGCGUAUCAGCUGAUGAUAGGCCAGUUUCUUCUGUGCAGUCUACAAAGAGUAAGUUUAAAAUUGACGUGACAACCACAAAGGAGAAUACUACACCCAGUUUGAGGGUUAGUACAACUGUUUCUGCUGCAGAGACUGCUGGUUUGGAGUCUCCAGUCAUGCCAAGGCCUGUGAGCAACAGCAUAGGGGGCACACUGAUGGGAGUCAUAAGGGGCUCUGGAAGAGGUGUGGUGAAAUCAGAUACCUCGUUUUCAGGAUCAUCUGGCGGAGUUUCCAUUCCUUCAACUUCUGCUGCAUGCAUGGUAUCUGCAUCAACAAAUGCAGAUACCCCCACGGUUUUGACUCCCUUCAGAACAGAUGCAUCUGCAUUGGGUUCUUAUACACCACCUGUGGCUGCUGGGAGUGGAAAGAGAAGAUUUUCUGAACUGCCAGUAGCUUCUGCUUCUGCUCCUAAAGAGCCUCAUACUGCAUAUAGGGAUCGUGCAGCCGAGAGAAGGAGCUUGUAUGGUUCUUCAUUGUCGUUUGGAGAUGAUUCGUCGGAUCUUGGUUUUGGGGAGUCAAAUCGAGAUUCUGCAUCAAGGAAGGGUUCUUUUGAUUCAAUGCCCUUUCCCCCCGGUGUCGGUGGAGGACGUGCGGUUGGAGAUGCCAACAUUGACAGUUACGAGGUGAUUACAGCUGAAAAAGCAAUUGAUGAGAGCAAUGUGGGCAACAAGAUGCUUCGCAACAUGGGCUGGCACGAAGGCUUGGGGUUGGGAAGAGAUGGAAGUGGAAUGGUAGAACCAGUGCAGGCUCAGUCGGUGGAAAGGAGAGCAGGACUUGGGAGUCAACAGAAGAAGUUAGAUCCUACUCUGGAGGUGCAGGCUGGAGAUAGUUACAAAACACUCAUUCACAAGAAGGCACUGGCCAGGUUCCGGGAGAUGUCGUAA